AUGGCCGCGAAUCAGAGUCUGGCAGGCAAGAUAGCCGUGGUUUCCGGCAGUUGUAGUGGUAUAGGGCAUGCAAUAGCAAAGGAACUCAGUGCUCGAGGGUCCCACGCUGUGAUCAACUACCCACACGCCUCCCUAGCUGAGGAAGCGGCUGCGGUAGCCGCAACUCUUAUCACCCCCGGAAUCGCGAUCGAGGCCAACAUGAGCACGGUGGACGGACCGAAGAGAUUGAUUGAGAGUGUAGUCGAGGUUUAUGGUCAUAUUGACAUUCUUGUUAAUAACGCCGCAAUUGCCAUCAACCUGCCAUUCGAAGAACAAACGCUCGAUCACUGGGAUUCUCUGGUCAACCUAAACGGCCGUGGAACCUUUCUCUUGACGCAGCAGGCUCUUUCCCGCGCUGCCCCUCCGCUGCAAACUAUUUACGCUGGAACCAAGGGCAUGGUGGAUUCGUUCACCCGGGUUUGGGCAAAGGAGCUACCCCCAAAGUAUGGAUGUACCGUCAAUGCCGUGUCCCCCGGCCCUACUGCGACGCAAGGUUUUUUGAGCGCUGGGGAUGAAGCAAUGAAGGUUCUAGGGCCUACAAUUGAAGCAACGCCAGCAGAGAAAAGGCUUGGCCAGCCAGAAGAGAUAGCGGACGCAGUGGCGUUUCUUUGUGAAGAACGAUCACGAUGGGUCAAUGGAGAACACAUGUUCGUUAACGGGGGGCUUUACAUGGACUGA